AUGCUGCUAACACGUGAGCCUCUGCGCAAGAAAACGUAUCACCUUGCCUUUCAGGCAUUUUUUCACUCCCUACAGAAUGGGGGCCCAAAAAGGGAGAACCCCGAAAAGUGGGGGGAGGGCAUCAAAAUGGGACUACAUGCAAGGAACCCGCUGAAUCACCACAGCCACAGGAAUGAACUAACCAAUUUGACGCAAAUCAGGGGAGCAUUGAGGCAGGCAAGAAGGACUGCAAUGAGCAGCAACACGGAAGCGCAAAAAAAAGUGGACGAAUCAGUGGAAGUGCCAGUAGGGGGAAAAAGAAAUAACCCCUCUGGAUACUCCCCCCGUAAUAGAAUCAGAACAGAUGGAAGGAUCCACAGGGAAAAUGAUUAUACUAGUCCACAGGAUGAACACACAGUGGAGUGUGGGCUGUCCAUGCGGGCUGCGAGAAAGGGGUCCACACAGGAAGAGAGCCAAAAGGUUAAUCCAGAACUGAACGCAGCGAACAACUUAUGUAAAAAAAUCUUCUACCUAAGCAAGAAUGGCGUGAAAAAUGAAAACGUGUGGAAGCAUUACUUAAUCGAAGUAGAUAGAGAAAAAAAAAACUUCCACCUGGUAAGUACAAAAAAUGUGUUUCUCCUAUUGCUAGGUUUGAGUAAGAGUCAACACAUCGUGAAGGUCCUCCUGCGUCGUGGCACCGUUAAGGGGGACCACGAAAGGGAAGAAGCAAAAGAAACACACAGAGAUGAUUUAGUGGAUACCCUUAUAGACACCCUCUCGAAGAGGAUGGACCGACUGACGAACAGCCAACGGAGUCUCCUCCUGCACAUCAUCCAAAGGUUACACAGGAUCGAAAAGUACAACCAUGUGGUAAACGAAAUUAAUAGCAGAAUUUUGGAGGGAACCCCAUUAAAGAAGUUAAGCGCGAGAGCCUUUUCCAGCGUCCUCCACGUGUAUGCAAAUGGUGGAGCUUCAGUUUCAUCUAUCGAAGGAGAAGUUCCUACAUGUAGGCGUCUCUCCCUUGAAGACACCAUCAGCAACGCCUUUUCGGAACGAAAUGGACAACAGAACAAAUUGGUGAAGAUCCUCCUUAAGGGAAAAGUGAGGAUGGAGGAUAUCCUCCGUCUCCUUGGAGCCAUGCACAAACUGAAGAUAAAAAAUAAACAGAUCCUUCAAUGCGUGGUGCAAAUUUUAAAUGAAAAAGUGAAAGACGAGAGUUACUUCCUAACCCCGUCUCUUCUUCUCUACCUGGCCAACCUAAACGUAUACAAUGAGGAACUGUGGAGAAAGCUGAAAAUGGUUGUAAUGCAGAAUUACCGCUUCUACAAUUCGGUGCAUCUAACGAAUAUAUUUUAUGGGUUCUCCAAGUUUAGGCCCGAUGAUGUGGAGGACUUGUUUGACAUUUUGGCUAGCCACAUCAUGGACACAGACUUAUAUAAGGAACAAUGCAGAAAAAAAGAAAAGCAGUUAACCCAGGGGAAAUCUGGUUCUGUAGAUUCUAACCUGUUUGAUCAACCCAAAUGGGAAGAUCCCCCCAGGGAUAACGCAGUCAACACGUUUAACGUCUUCCAAACAACGAACAUUAUAAAGAGCUGCCUACUUUGCAAUUACCUAAAUUAUAGCUUCUUUCAUUUUUUACUUGACCGGUUCAGCAAAUCGGAAGAACCACAAUCGUUGGACAAUCAAAUUGAUUCCCUAAAGGUAGUGUCCACUAUAUUGAAAAGGUUCAACAGAUGCGUUUACAAACAUGUGUUGCGCUUUAAUUACACUGAAAAAGGGGAGUAUCCCUCUCUGCAUGACGGACAACACACAUACGUCCACUUGCUAAACAGUGAGAGCACUCACAAGGAGAUGCACACCUACAGCUGCAGUUACGAUAUGUGUGAUAGCCACCUACCCAUGGUAGAGUAUGCCUCUGUGGGAUCUACACCAAAGGAGGAGCAACGUCAGUUUGAAACCUACUUGGAUGAAGUAAGCGAAAAGGUGAGAAAAAAUAUAGAACAGAAUUUAGGAACCCCCCACUUGAAGCUACUCCUACAUAAGUUAAUGCUCUCUCUAUCAGGCACCAGUGUGAGGUUUGUAAACCUGUACGCCUUGUGUUUAAUCAUAUUGGAGGAAAACAAAAAGGACUUAAGUGUUAACAAUUUGUUUCUCUAUGUCCAAAUUUUCCACCGAAUCAAAUUGUACAAUUAUGAACUGUUCAGUUGGCUAGUCGAACACAUAAAGCAGAAUACACAUCUGCUAGAUGUGAAGAAAAAAAUAAAAAUUAUUUUAUUGUCUUGUAACAUUUUUAAAAGGAUAAAUGAGAAGGAGGUGCAGGAAUUGUGCCGCUUCUUUCUAAGUUCAGAUGAUUCUUCCUUUUCCAGAAAGGGGGAAGCAAUUUUUACAGAUGCUCCUCCUAUGUGGGAAAUUCCCGCAGAAAUAAAUAUGAGGGGGAACAUGGUAGACUUGGACCGCAUCCCUAGGUGGAGCACUCCUAACAAUAUGCAUGAUGAGACUGGAAGUUUUGCAAAUGGUGGUGAUGAUUCCGCUGGAAGGAACUUCCCUGUGGGGGAAAAUAAGGACCCAAAUUUUGCCUUACCAAGCAAGGAAAAUUUGUUCAUCAAAAUAGAAAAAACGGAUACGUUACCAUGCCACUUGGAGUUAACCGACUAUAUAAACUUUCUGCUCAUUUUGAUUCAGAACUGGAAGGGAGAUGGAAGGGGGAGGUUGGAUCUCCUCUCCCUAAUUUCGAAAGGACCAAAUGACAUUGUGAAAAUUGGACAGAUGGACACAACUUUGGAUGAGCACACAAAACGAUUAGAAGAAAACCUGCACCGUGAGAGGGGCACUAUCAUUAAGCUGUUCCAGAAGAUGGAUCGCUUUUCACGUCGAGGACCUUACACAGAUGAGGCAAAUACGGUGGGUAACUUGCAUGGCCUGCGUAGCGACUACUCCCUCCAAAUGGACUACCUGCUGCAUUUUAUAAAGGUGAUAAGCGAAGAGGUGCACGACGACAUAGUAAGGACGCUGGAGGGGAGGGGUAUCCAACUGGGGGGCCAAAUGAAAGACCGGUGCGCCUCCCUUAAAAGCCCAUUCGAGCUAAAAGAGGAAGACUUGCAAUUCCUAAAUCUGUCUAGAAGCGGCAAAGGCAGCCCGAGCGUUAGUCCGCCCACAGUCCAUAAUAACAAAACGAUUAAUAGGUACAUGUAUGGAAGUGUCCGUGAGACGGUAGACCUCCUUCGACAGAGUUUCCAGCUGCACAAAUGUAGCAAUAUUGCAGGUGUUUCUUCGAAGUAUAGCAAAAACUACCUGAACGAAAUGGAAUCAUUUUACAAGAUAAACGGGUUCUUAACAGCAGAUGUAGCGUACAUUUUCGAAAAAGGGGAAGAAAAAUUAUUUCACUUUCUUCUAUUUUACCCACACGAAUUAAAAAAAACAGUUGUAAGGAAGUGCGAAAAUCGGAUUUUCCUAAAACAGGAAUUUGAUGAAUCGCUUCUAAUAUGCACCGAGAUUAUUUUCUUUUACAAUUUCUUGAGGAAGAAUUUUCGGAACCAGUUUUUUUUCAGCCUCGUGGAUACCACUCCGUUUGUUAAAUUUUCCCAAUGCACAAAUGGAGAUGCGUUGGUGGGGGGCAUUCCCGAUGGUGAUCGCGUCAUGCGCGAGGCCACCAGCCUUUUAGAGACCAUCUCGAAUGUAUAG